AUGUUAAUCCAUGAUUGCACAGAUCACAAAAAACGACACUAUUACAAAGUACAUGCAAAUGCUCAAGAUGGAUUCGGUGGAAUCCGUAACUGUCGAAGAAGAGACGUUGUUUCCAGUGAGAAGUCUGGGUUCACCAAUGCAAUAAUUGGGAGUGACAUUAAUAUACGGGUACUCAGAUUCGCCGUAUCAGCCAAACAAUACAUGGAGAACAUUUCGAAUCAGAAGUAA